AGGAAGACUUUUAAUAAUUCUAGUUUUGUCAUACAGAAGAAGUUUUAAAUGUUGUUUAAGUUGGUAUUCGCACUGUUGCUUGUGUUUUGUGCUGAGGCGCAAGAUACUCAACAGAUUUUGUUAACUUUGAGCUCGGUUGGAAAUUCUGAGAAGGGAGCGCAAGGUCCACCUGGUCCUCAAGGUAGAAGAGGACCGCCUGGAUUGAAAGGCUUAACUGGACCUAUCGGCGGACUCGGUCCAAAGGGACAAAAAGGAGAAUGUACUUCGAACAGUGCAUACGUUGAUAAUGCUAUACAGGAGAUGGAAAACCGGUUUGGCAGGUUAAAAAAUCAGAUGAAAACCCUUUUUCAAACUGGUGUUAAACAGAUAAAUGGAACAGCUUGGUUUUCUGCUGGAAAUGGUUAUUUAUAUCGAACUUUGCCAGCAUCAAACUAUCAAGCUGCUAAUCGUUCGUGUGCAGCAAUCGGUGCAACGUUGGCUGUUUUUGCGCCAAGAAAUAUGAACAUUACGAGAAUGAUUUUACAUCACUUCGGCAUUACAUCACAACGCACCUGGAUUGGUAUGAAUGAUAUUGAACAGGAGAAUACUUGGGUUUGGGAAAACGGAGAGAGAGUUCUUAGCAGCCAUGCACACUGGAACCCUGGAGAACCAAACUCACAUGAAGGAGAGGAGGAUUGUGGGAUGAUUUUUUCUACAGGAAAAUGGAAUGAUGGCGGUUGCCAUUGGCUGUACAUACCACUCUGCGAAAUGUCCGUGUUUGACGCAUAAUGUCGUAAGGGGUGCUGAAGUGGGCACACCAUUUUAAUAAGCCACACAUGGAAACCAUAAAACAGAAUUAUUAAAAUAAUAAAAGUUUGCAUUGCUUGUGCCUUUACGGUAGAAUUACCCUUCUGCUGUAUAAUAUGAAACUUAGCUUUACACAUUUUAUAAUACGUAGUUAUGUUUUUUCCUUCUUUUUACCUAUAUAUAUCCCUUUGCGCCGAAUAAACUAUGCUGGCUAUAAGAUUGGCCGAUAAUCUUGCUUUAUGGGAACACAAUUCUCUAUUUUGAUUUUGUGAAAUAAACCGGUUAAAAUGU